GAACAGUCAGUAUCCAUCAGCAUGUCUUUCACAUGUCUCCUCCUGGCCGGGCUUCUGCUGGCCUUCACCGUAACAGCCUCACAAUAUUAUGGAGGAUCAAUGACCUUUAACCCAAGAUUGGGCACUAAUGGCUCGUACGAGGUGGAACUUCGCUACAAGAUGGCCUACAAUGACUGUUCCCAGUAUAACCACUGGUCCUGCAUGUCUGGAGACUGUGGAAAUGAGGUCAGUAACGUGAUUGGAACAAUAGAUUCGAGUUCCAAUGGAAACAACUGGUGUCAGUCUGAGGGAGUCAUAACAAAGGAUUUAUCCACCAACAGACCAUUUGAGUUAGUGUCAAUGGGUUGCUGUUGGAUCAACAACAUAGUCGCAUACUCCGGAUUCUGGAAUCUUUUUUCUUUCAUUGAUCUGGGAGUGAGAUCAGACACUUUAGUGCCUAACAGAUCCCCAAUCUCUACCACUCUACCACUUCUUAGAGUUCCUCAAAACUGUGCCAGGAGGUACAACCUUUUAGCCUUUGAUCCAGAUGAUGACCAGGUCAGAUGCAGAUUUGCACAAAACACUGAAUGUGGAAUCUGCAACCAAACUGAUGGUUUCACUUUAAAUCAGAAUAACUGCUCUCUGUCCUAUGAACAAACCCUGGUCCCUGGAGUUUAUUCAUUUGAGCUGGUACUGGAGGAUUUCCCCAUUCGCAAGAUAACUCUGUCCUACACCGAUCAACCUUCAGUGGAAAGAUUUCCAAUCAGUUUCAUCAGAAACAGACGCAGUGUUAUUGCUGCAGCAACAUCUACAACAACAUCCACAACAAAGCAGACAACAACACCUACAACAACACGCACAACAACAAAAUCUCCAACAACACCUACAACAACAAAAUCUCCAACAACACCUACAACAACACGUACAACCACAAAAUCUCUAACAACACCUACAACAACACGUACAACCACAAAAUCUCCAACAACACUUACCACAACACGCACAACCACAAAAUCUCUAACAACACCUACAACACGCACAACCACAAAAUCUCUAACAACACCUACAACACGCACAACCACUAAAUCUCCAACAACACCUACAACACGCACAACCACAAAAUCUCCAACAACACCUACAACACGCACAACCACAAAAUCUCUAACAACACCUACAACAACACGCACAACCACGAAAUCUCUAACAACACCUACAACAACACGCACAACCACAAAAUCUCCAACAACACCUACAACAACACGCACAACCACAAAAUCUCCGACAACACCUACAACAACACGCACAACCACGAAAUCUCCAACAACACCUACAACAACACUCACAACAACUAAAUCUCCAACAACACCUACAACAACACGCACAACCACAAAAUCUCUAACAACACCUACAACACGCACAACCACAAAAUCUCUAACAACACCUACAACAACACGCACAACCACAAAAUCUCCAACAACACCUACAACAACACGCACAACCACAAAAUCUCCAACAACACCUACAACAAUACCUUCAACAACUUCAACAACAAAACCUACAACAGUAACCACAACAACCACACCUGCAUCAACAACAACACCAGAACCCACAACAACACCAGAAACCACACCUGCACCAACAACAAUACCAGAACCCACAACAACACCAGAAACCACACCUGCACCAACAACAACACCAGAACCCACAACAACACCAGAAACCACACCUGCACCAACAACAAUACCAGAACCCACAACAACACCAGAAACCACACCUGCACCAACAACAAUACCAGAACCCACAACAACACCAGAAACCACACCUGCACCAACAACAAUACCAGAACCCACAACAACACCAGAAACCACACCUGCACCAACAACAACACCAGAACCCACAACAACACCAGAAAUCACACCUGCACCAACAACAAUACCAGAACCCACAACAACAACAACAGAAACCACACCUGAACCAACAACAAUACCAGAACCCACAACAACACCAGAAACCACACCUGCACCAACAAUACCAGAACCCACAACAACCACCACAAUAAUUCCUACAACACCUGCAGCCACAACAACACCAGAAACCACAACAGCACCCACACCUGCACCAACAACAAUGCCAGAACCCACAACAACCACCACAAUAAAUCCUAUAACAACACCUGCAGCCACAACAACACCAGAACCCACAACAACCACCACAACAAAUCCCCCAACACCUGCACCAACAACAACGCCAGAACCCACAACAACACCCACACCUGCACCAACAACAACGCCAGAACCCACAACAACAACCACAAUAGUUCCUACAACAACACCCACACCUGAACCAACAACAACGCCAGAACCCACAACAACCACCACAAUAGUUCCUACAACAACACCCACACCUGCACCAACAACAACACCAGAACCCACAACAACAACCACAAUAGUUCCUACAACAGCACCCACACCUGCACCAACAACAACGCAAGAACCAACAACAACACCCACACCUGAACCAACAACAACGCCAGAACCCACAACAACUACCACAACAAAUCCUCCAACACCUGCAGCCACAACAACGCCAGAACCCACAACAACUACCACAACAAAUCCUCCAACACCUGCACCAACAACAACACCAGAACCCACAACAACAUCCACACCUGCACCAACAACACCAGAGCCCACAACAACCACCACAAUAAAUCCUCCAACACCUGCAGCCACAACAACACCCACACCUGCACCAACAACAACACCAGAACCAACAACAACGCCAGAACCCACAACAACUACCACAACAAAUCCUCCAACACCUGCACCAACAACAACGCCAGAACCCACAACAACACCCACACCUGAACCAACAACAACGCCAGAACCCACAACAACUACCACACCUGCAUCAACAACAACACCAGAACCCACAACAACUACCACAACAAAUCCUCCAACACCUGCAGCCACAACAACACCAGAACCCACAACAACACCCACAACUGCACCAACAACAACACCCACAACUGCACCAACAACAACGCCAGAACCCACAACAACUACCACAACAAAUCCUCCAACACCUGCAGCCACAACAACACCAGAACCCACAACAACUACCACAACAAAUCCUCCAACACCUGCACCAACAACAACGCCAGAACCCACAACAACACCCACACCUGCACCAACAACAACACCAGAACAAACAACAACGCCAGAACCCACAACAACUACCACAACAAAUCCUCCAACACCUGCAGCCACAACAACACUAGAACCCACAACAACACCCACACCUGCACCAACAACAACGACAGAACCCACAACAACACCCACACCUGAACCAACAACAACGCCAGAACCCACAACAACUACCACAACAAAUCCUCCAACACCUGCACCAACAACAACGCUAGAACCCACAACAACUACCACAACAAAUCCUCCAACACCUGCAGCCACAACAACACCAGAACCCACAACAACACCCACACCUGCACCAACAACAACGCCAGAACCCACAACAACCACCACAAUAAAUCCUCCAACACCUGCACCAACAACAACACUAGAACCCACAACAACACCCACACCUGAACCAACAACAACCCACAACAACACCAGAACCCACAACAACUACCACAACAAAUCCUCCAACACCUGCAGCCACAACAACACCAGAACCCACAACAACACCCACACCUGCACCAACAACAACACCAGAACCCACAACAACACCCACACCUGCACCAACAACAACGCCAGAACCCACAACAACUACCACAACAAAUCCUCCAACACCUGCACCAACAACAACGCCAGAACCCACAACAACUACCACAACAAAUCCUCCAACACCUGCAGCCACAACAACACCAGAACCCACAACAACUACCACAACAAAUCCUCCAACACCUGCAGCCACAACAACACCCACACCUGCACCAACAACAACGCCAGAACCCACAACAACACCCACACCUGCACCAACAACAACGCCAGAACCCACAACAACUACCACAACAAAUCCUCCAACACCUGCAGCCACAACAACACCAGAACCCACAACAACACCCACACCUGCACCAACAACAACGACAGAACCCACAACAACCACCACAACAAAUCCUCCAACACCUGCACCAACAACAACGCCAGAACCCACAACAACUACCACAACAAAUCCUCCAACACCUGCAGCCACAACAACACCAGAACCCACAACAACUACCACAACAAAUCCUCCAACAACACCCACACCUGCACCAACAACAACGCCAGAACCCACAACAACCACCACAAUAAAUCCUCCAACACCUGCACCAACAACAACACUAGAACCCACAACAACACCCACACCUGA